AUGGUACGAUCGCGGCGAGUUGGAGCCGUGAAGAAGGCUCGGAGCCCCGACGCGGCGAACAACACAAAGUCGUACGAGUUGCGGCGAUCCGGGCGUAAGAGGCGGCCCCCAGAGAACAGCGACUUCGAGUACGUCGACUUUGACCCGUACCGGCCCCCAUCAGUCAAGAAAGUCAAGCAGAAGCCGUCCCACACGUCUACCUCUCGCUCCUUCAUGGCCCGUCGCUCUCACACCGACUGGGGACGCUCCUCCCCUCCUGCUCGCCGCAGCAGCAACAGCAGCAGGCCAGAUCUCGUGACGGUGGGCACGACCAGGAGAGACGGGCACGUGCAAGAAGGAGGGACAAGGAAGGAUCGGCGCAGGCAAGACGAGGAACGGUUUCCCCAGAGGCGAACGGGGUUCACUUCGAAGUAUGGUAGUCCGAGCGAUGGGGGCAGGGCGAGGAGCAGCAGCGGCGGACAGGCAGAGCAAGGAGAAGGGGGUGGGGCGGAGGACGACGAGGAAGAUGAGGAGGAGGAGGAUGAGGAGGAGGAGGAGGAAGAGGAGGAAGGGGACGAUCAUGGGAGUGAGAGUCACGGUGAGGGGGAGGCACGAGAAAUGGGUGAGGAAGGGGAAGAGGAGGAGGAGGAGGGGGAAGACGAGGAGGAGGACGAAGAGGAAGAGGAGGAGGAAGAGGAGGAGGACGAUGACCGUGCGUUCUUCUCAGCGAGAGCAUACACACGUCGGAGACGGCGCAGUGUGAAGGUAGUGCAAGGGAGAAGGCAGGAGGAAGAUGCUAUACAUCUGGAGGAAGACGAUGAGGAGGGGCACGAGGGGGAAGAGGAGGGGGAGGAAGACGAGGAGGAGGAGGUGGAGGGGGAAGGGGAAGGGGAGGGGGAAGGGGAAGGGGAGGACGCAGGUGUACGGGCUACGGAGAGGAGAGGGAGAGAGCAAGCAAGGGAGAGGAGAAGCCAGAGGGUUUAUGGGCGCAGGCGGAACGAGGUGUGGGUGGAGGAGGGCGGAGAUGAUGAUACGGAUGGGGAGAACGAGCAUGAGCACAAGCAACAAGGCAGGGGAAGCGGGGCUGCGUGUGGGGUGGCGCGCGGAUCGAUGCAAGGAGUACCGGGAAAGGCCCAGGGUCGGUUAGGUGUUCAGGAGGGGGACGGGCGACAGGAGGGGAGGGCGAAGCGAAACCGGGGGUUGCCAGGGCUGGAGAAGGAGCGGGAAGGCCAAGGGACAGUGAAGGACGUUGGGCGGGGGUUGAAGUGGCAGUUGAGGGACGAGAAAGAGCGUGGGCAGAGGGGCAGGAGCGGAGAGCGUGGGGAGAGGGGGAGGAGCGGGGAGCGUGGGGAGAGGGAGGCCAGGGGGGUGGAGGGUCGAUUGGAGAGAGGCGUUGUGGGGCAGCAGGAGGGCGGGGAAAGGGAGAAGGAUGGUGGUCGCGGGACGGGUAAGGGCGGAAGCUUGCGCGAGGGUGAAGGGGGCAGAGGGCAUGGUAAAGCAGAGGCACAGGAGGUAUUGCGAUCGCCGUAUGAGCUGAGGCGAUCUAACAGGUCGGCUGUGGGCGCGGAUGGGGCAGAGGUGAAAGGGAAAGGGGAACCUGGAGCAGAAGGGGGAGUGGGGGAGGGGGGAGGGGGAGAGGAAGGGCAUGGGGCUGAAGGUGGGGGGGAAGGGGCGGGGUCAAGGGCGGGGAGUGGGAAGCGUGUGGGAGGAGGGAGACAGGCUGAAGGGGGUGGGAUGCGCAGUGAAGGGGGGCGAGGGGAGGAUAUGCGAGGGAAACGGGCGGAGGUGGUGGAAUUGCCUGAUAGUGGUGAGGAGGAGGAGGAGGAGGAGGUGACAGAGGGUAGAGGGCGUAGGUCAAGCAGGAGACGAGGGCGGAGGGAGGAGAACGAGGAAGAAGCAGGUAAAGGGGAAGAAGUGGAGGAGGAGGAGGCGGAGGAGAACGAGGAGGGGGACGAAGGGGAUGAGGAGGAGGAGGAUAAUGAGGAUGAGGAGGAGGAGGAGGAGGAGGAGGAGGAGGAGGAGGAGGAGGAGGAGAAGAAAGGGAGCGAGAAAGUGGAGGAUGAGGUGCAGGAAGAUGGUAAAGGAGUAGGAGUGAGUGGUAAAGAAAAGGGCAAGGCUCGAGAGAGGGACAGAACGAAUGGGGAGAAGCGAGUGGGAGAGAAGGAAUCGAAGGAGGUUGACGAAAAGGAGGGUGCGGAGGGUGGUGGUCAUGAGGAUGAGGAGGAGGAGGAAGAGGAGGAAGAGGAGGAGGAAGAGGAGGAAGAUGAAGAGGAGGAAGAAGGGGAGGAGGAGGAAGGCGAGGAGGAUAGGUAUCCAAGGACUCGAUCCAGAGCUGCGAGAGCAGACGAAGGGGAGGAUAGGCAUGCGGAGGGGGAAGAAGACGAGGAGGAAGAGGAAGAGGAGGAGGAGGAAGAGGAAGAGGAGGAGGAGGAGGAGGAAGAGGAAGAAGAGGAGGAGAAGGAGGAGGGACGAGGGCGGUAUGCACUGCGAAGCAGGGAACCAGCGCCGCGGCUGCAACAACAGCAGCAGCAGCAGCAGCAACAGCAGCAGCAGCAGAGGCGUGGUGGGGGUUUGGCAUCGUCGGGAGCCCAGUUUACUCUGCGCACCCGAGGGGCCCUACGCAGGUUCACAGCUGAAGCAAGCCGGCAACACACAGGGGGCAAUGCAGGAGCAGGCACAGGAGCAGGAGCAGCAGGAGCAGGAGCAGGAGGUGCGGGUGGUGGUGGUGGCACCAGUGGUGGUAAGGCACAUGAGGGGCAGCGCCAUUCCCUCAGAGUCUCCCUCGCUGCUGCUGCCAGGCAGCAACAGCAACAGCAACAGCAGCGGCAGCAGCAGCAGCAGCAGCCUCACCACCACUCCCACAGCCAGCAUCAGCAGUACGGGCGCGGGGGAUCAGCAGGCGGCGGAGCAGGAGCAGGAACAGCGGGCGGGUCUUCGCGGCGGUCCCUGCGGGGCGGUGAUGUGUCAGACGACUCACUAGUGGUAGAUGAUACAGAGAUGCGAAGCCUGGGAGCACACUGGGGCGGAGCAGGCCCUCUAGAGCACUCCAUUCUCUCCCAUGGCGUGGAGGCCAUUGGGCCAGCAGCAUGGGGAGGACCUGAUGGUGCCGCUGCUAGUGGCUGGGCGUGGCAGCAGGGAGGGGGUGCAGCAGGGGGCGACGGACGGGGGCGCGGUGGGGAGGAAGUGGCGGGGAGCCCGGUUGGUGUCGCGGCGGGUGGGCUUGGCUUUGCUGCCAUGCCAGGAGGGGGAGGAGGAGGAGGAGGAGGUGCGGGCAGAGGAAAGACCCUUGUGGUGCGUGCGCUAGCAAGCGCAGCAGCGAGAGCAGGCUCAAACGUAUCGUUCUUCAUGAGGAAAGGCGCUGAUGUGUUGAGUAAGUGGGUGGGCGAGUCGGAGCGGCAGCUGCGGGCGCUGUUUGAUGAAGCGGCGCGCCUCGCACCGUCGAUUAUCUUCUUUGAUGAGAUCGACGGCCUCGCGCCCGUCCGAUCGAGCAAGCAGGAGCAGAUCCACAACUCGAUCGUGUCCACGCUGCUGGCGCUAAUGGACGGCCUGGAUUCGCGCGGGCAGGUGAUUGUGAUCGGAGCGACGAACCGGGUUGAUGCUGUUGACGGGGCGCUGCGCAGACCAGGCAGGUUCGAUCGGGAGUUCUUCUUUCCUCUCCCAGAUGUGCACGCGAGGGAGGAAAUCCUCCGAAUCCACACCAGCAAGUGGGAGAGGAAGCCGGAGGAGGGGUUGGUGAGAGAGCUAGCGGCGCGUAGCGUGGGCUUCUGUGGAGCAGACAUGCGUGCGCUCUGUGCGGAGGCUGCGAUCCGGGCGUUCAGACGGACGUACCCGCAGGUGUAUGAGAGCGAGGAGCGGUUUGUGAUCGACCCGUCGACGGUUAAAGUCAACCGCUCGCACUUUCUCGAGGCGCUGCUGGAUGUGAAGCCUGCUGCGCACCGCGCGGCAUCGUUUACCCCUGCCCCGCUGCCCCCCGCUGUGGCUCCGCUGCUGGAGCGGCAACUGGGUGAUGUUGUGGGGGCGCUUGGGGAUGGGUUUCCUGGGCUGCUGGAGGAGCGGGAGGAGUGGGAGGGCGGGGAGGAGGAGGGGGAUGAGGAGGAGGGUGGAGAGGAGGGUGAGGAAGGGAGUGGGGAGGAAAGAGAGGAGGAAGGUGUGAGGGAGGAGGCAGGGGGGAUGAGUGGUGGAGGAGGAGGAAGGGGUAGUGAUGGUGUAUUGAAGGAGAAGGCGAAGGUGGUUGAGGUUGGUGGGAAUGGACGGGCGAGUGGUGAAAGGAUGGAGGUGGAAGAGGAGGAGGGUGGGAUUGCUGGGGCUGAACAGAUGAAGGAGAGAGAGGAGAGAGAGGAGAGAGACGGGGAGCAGGCGGGCGAGAUUGGAGAAGAUGGUGGAAAAGAGCGUCCAGAGCGAUCAGGUGCUGCGUGCGAGAAGGACGUGUUGCAGGAAGUGCUGGUUGGGGGUAGCAGAGAGGAGAAGAAGGUGGGUGGGGAAGAUGGGGAGGGUGGGGAGGAACGAGAAUCCGGUGAGAAGGCCAGAAAUGCAGAGGAGGGAAGGGUGCCGGGUGAAGGGGAGCCGGGGUUGGCUGGAAAUUGCACUGGUAGAGCAGUAGGAGUAGAGUCCACGCCAGCAGCCACUGGGUCUCCUGUUGCUGCUGCUGCUGCUGCUGCAGGUGCAGCUGAGGAGGAGGGAGGGGUUGGCCAAGCUAGGGGCGCUGGCGCAAGGGCCGAGGCUGAAGGCUGUGAAGCGGAACCGCAGCAGCAAGAGAAGGAGAAGGAGAAGGAGAAGGAAAAUCAGGAGAAAAGCGGAUUUGGGGCCAGCAAGGGGGGGGCAGAGCAGGGGCGAGGGCUAGAGCAAGGACGGGGGAAGGGGCAAAGGCGAGGGAAGGAGGAGGGGGUGCGUGGUGGUGGGCAGUGCGGUCGUUUGGUGCGCAACCGCUUGGUGCAAUCCCUUCAGCUGGCUCCACGGCAGGCCUCUCUCAUGCUCUGUGGCCCUCCAGGCUCCGGCCAGGUGUACCUGGUGCAGGCGCUGCUGCACCGACUGGAGCACCUGCCAGUGCACUCCAUGUCGCUGCCAUCGCUGCUCACCGACCCCUCCUCGCACUCGCCUGAGGAGGCUCUCGUGCGAGUUGUGGCGGAGGCCAGGCGCGGCCCCCGCUGCAUCCUCUUCCUGCCGCACGCCGACCUCUGGUGGCGCACGGCACAGCCAGUGCAGCGGGCAGUGCUGCGCAUGCUUCUCUCUGACCUGCCUCCCUCCCUGCCUGUGCUGCUGCUCGCCUUCGCCAACUGCUCCCUGCACCAACUGCCCUCCACCCUGCGCCGCCUCUUCUCCCUCCACAUCCACAUUUGCGUAAUCCCGUCUCUUGUGCAAUCCUGCUUCUCCUUCCCCCCCUCCCUCCUCCUUCCCCAACAGGCUCACUUCAUGAUCUCCCAAAUCGACCCCACACUAGCAGCAGCGUGUCUCGAGAUUUCCAAGACCUGCCCGCCCCCACCCAUCCCACCUCCCCUCCUAGCCUCCGCCACUCGCUCGCCCUCCUUCUCGCCCCCCUCCCCACCACAACCUCGCUUCUCCCAUCGCAACGUCGCUCCGCGCUCCCUCUCAUUUGAAACACAAGCAGUGCGGAGGCACGAGCAUGAGGAGCAUGGCGGGCGGUGGCGUGAGAGCAGGGGUGGGUAUGGCCGAGAGGGCCGAGAGGGGUCUAUUGAUGUGGGGCUCUUUACGGGAGGCGAUGGCGCAAGAAAUGGGGCGGGCAUGGGUCAGGAGCAUGAGGAAACACGCGGGCAUGGGCAUGCGCAUGGGUAUGGGUAUGGGCGGGUGGAUGGGCAGAGGAGAUAUGGGGGGGAGAGGUACCAUGACGGGGGCGCGGAUGGGGAGGAGGGGGUGAGGGAGGGCGGAGGGGCGGGGUCAGUGCCGUUUGUGCGGAGCAGUGCAAGGCUGAGAGGGGUGCGCGUGGAGGUGGAUGUGCAUCGGUCUCCGGAGCCACACGGCCGACGACCUAGGCGAGGCGAGGUGAGGAGGGGCAGGGGAGGAGAGGAGGAAGAGGAGGAAGAGGGAGGGAGGGAUUCGGUUGGAGAGGGGUCUCGAGGAGAAACACCCACACCUGGGGAAGAGGAGGCAGCAGAAGCAGCAGACGCAGAUGGAGCACUGAGACAGGGGGGAGGUGGAGCUGGAGGAGGAGGAAGAGAAGGAGGAGUAGGUGGAGGAAAGGCGGAAGGGACUGGGGAGAGGCGGAAGGAGGGGGAAGCGGUGGCAAGAGGGGAGCAGCAAGCGAAUGGUGCAGGGCAUGGUGGCGAAGGGGGGGAUGGGAUGGAUGUGGAGGGGGGCAACGUGGGUGGACUGGUGGGGGUGGUGGAGGGAGGUGUGAGAGGAGAGGCUGGGCUGGGAGAAGAUGCGGUGGGAAGGGUUGGUGCUGGGGAGAAGAAGGUGGUUGAAGGGGGAAGAGGAUGGGAGGGCGGGGGUGAUGGGGAAGUGGGGGGUGAAUGCAAAGGGGGUGUGGAAAAAGGGGAGGUGCAUGGGGAUAGAGGCAGUGAAUGGGGAAAGGUAAGGGAGGAGGGGGGAGGGAGGGAAGGGAGGCAAGAGGGGGGAGGGAGAGAAGCGAAGGUAGGGCGGGAAGGAAGGGAAGGGAAGGAGGGCACGCGAGAGUUGGAAGGGCGGGAAGUUGAGCCGGGCCGACAAUCACUAGAGGGAAGAAUUGGGGAUUUGGUAGCGGAUGAGAAAGAGGAAGCGGAAGCGGACAAAGAGGUGGAAGAGAAAGAAAAGGAGGUGGAGGCGAUGCUGCUGGGACUGCAGCAGGGCCGAGUGCAAUGGGAGCCACGGGAAGGGGCAGAGGAAGAGAGCAAGGCGGAGGGCGAGGAGCAGGGUGAGGGGGGUGCGCGGCAGAGUCACGUGGAGGUUGGUGGAGGGAAGGAGGAGCAUGCGGGUGGUGGGAGUCCGAUAGAUGGCGUGGUGGUCUCGGUUGGGACGGGUAAGGUGAGGGAAAUAGCACAGGAGGCUAUGCCGGAGGCUGUGGGGGGCAGGAAGGCGUCUGGGGAGAACGGGGAGGCGGAGGGGAGGGGGAAUGGGGAGAUUUUUGUGUAUGAGAGUGGCAGCAGGCGGAGUAAUGGCAGUACGGGCGGAGGAGAUACCCGGAUGUUUGGUGCGGUUGGAAGAGAUAAGGAGGGGCGGGAGGGAGGGGAGAGGGACGGGGUGAAGAGGAAGGCAGGCAGUGGAGAAGCGGGUGUGGAUGGUAGAGGGAUUGACGGCGAGCGGAGUGGGUGGGAGAAUGAUGGGAGUGGAGGGGGAAGUGCAGUUGGGAAGAAGCAGGCGGUGAAAGGGAGAGGGUCUGGCAGGUGGUAUGAUGGGAUGGGAUUGCAGCAUGUGAGCAGUCACGGGAAAGAUGAUUCCAACCAAGUUCAUGUUGGCGGGAGAGGUGGGGACGGGGAAAAGCAGGGGAGGAGGGAAGAGAGACGUGUGAGAGAAGGUGAAGUGCUUUUGGUUGAAGGCCGGGGGCGGGAUUUUAAGUCCGGGGGGUACAGCAAGAGGAAGAGGGCAGGUUGUGCGGAUGUGGUGUUGCCUUUUGAGGCGCCUCAAGUGGGGAGCAGGGUGGAAAGGGGUGGGAAGGAGGCAGGCAUGGGGGCGAUCAUCAAUGGAGUGGAGAAAGAGGAGAGGGUAGUGCGGGGAGGGAGUGGGAAUGGCGUGGGUGAUGCCAGUUAUGGAAGGGGAGGAAGGGAAGGCGAGCGUGGGGAGCUGUGUGGGGAGGGUGGGGAAGUCGGGGGUCGAGGAGGGGCUGGUGGUGGUGCUCCUGAGGUGGAGGGGUUAAUGAGGGAUGAGCACUGUAGGACAGCAUGUGACAGCAGCGGUGUGAGAGGCAGCUUGUCAAGAUUGGCUGGAUUAAGUAUAGCAAGGGAGUUGCAGGAAGAACAGCAGCAUCAGCAGAGCCAACAGCAGCAGGACCACAAGCAGCAGCCACAGCAGCUUCAGGGGAAGGAACAGGAGCGUGAGGAGAGGGAGGAAUGGGGAAAUGAUGAUGUGGAGAUGGUAGCAGAUAGCUAUGAGGGUGUGGAUGAGGAGGAAGAGGGUGAUGAGGCCGGGGCUGGUCAAAGCGGUGGCGGUAAGCAGGAGGGUUGCAGGAGUGGAGUGACUGGAGUUGGUGCACAGCAGUCAACAACACCUGCUCCUGUGGGGCUACAUCAAUCCCCUGGUACUGGUGCGGCUACAGCUACGGCUACAGCUGUGGACUUACCACCUAGUCCACCUGGCAGCAGGGGUGGCGGCAGAAGCAGAGAUACUGGUGUUGGGAGCAUGAAGUCCAAGCUGAGCAGUGCAGGCAAGAGCAGCCAUUCUGCUGCUCCCAGGUAUUUAGGACCACCUAGUGAUGCCGUAACAGCAGAUGCUUUAGGAGCGGACUCAUUAGCACGUGAUAGAUUAGGGUUUAGUGGUGCAGAUGCAUCUGAUGCGCCUCGGGGUGCGGAGGCAGCGUGUGGGAUAAGUGGCGCCAGCAGUGGUGGCGGUGCGAUCAAGUUCAAGUCCUUGGGAGAACUUACAAGAGAUGAGAGGGGGAAGCGUGUUCCUAUGCAUGACGUGGAGUGGCGGGAGGAGUGGGAGAAGGAGAAGCGAGCAGUCAAGGAAGUCAUGGAGCAAGUGCUGUGUAGAGUAGCUGACAGGACUGAUGGCUUGAUGGUGAGUCAGCUGGAGGAAGUGUAUCAGCGCAUGUGUACAUUGCUGAGACGCAAGCGAGGUUGCAGGGAUGAUGUGCAGUUGUUACGUGACCUAGAGAGCGUUGUGGAUUGA